AUCAGUUGCACGCGAGCAGUUCACCGGAUCGGUUCACUUUUUUCGAAGGCUCUCGACUAGUUUCGGUAGAACCUUUGGGUUAGUUCUCUGAAGACUUGGAGACAAGUGUUGAAACGGUUUUGUUUUGUUCCAAGUGCGUAGACAAUUUGCAGGAAGCACUCGUCAAGUGUCCAACUUCAGCUAUACCUUCAAGAUUGGUCAUCUCCUGCGUAGUUGGUUGGACCCGAAGAGUCCCGCGUUGAUGAACUCCAAUCAUAUCAUCAUCACUUAUAUCUGAUUAGUACUCUAAUCAAAUUAGAAGCGCGCGCGAAUCGCACGGGUGGCGACAAGGCAGAUAGAGAGUUGAAAAGUGCAAUUUUAUAGCGCUGAACCACGUUGCGUUGACGUUGACCAAGUUGUGGCGCGCAUAGUUCUGGUUAGGACCAGAUGUUACGUGACGUGAUGACCUGUGACAGCGAACGGUGUGAGGUUAUCUAACGCCACACUCUUGGUUGCGCUGUCGAAGACAGAGUCCCAGGAAGGAUUGAUUACUGUGGCCUCGAAAUAUGUAAGAAGGAAGAAGUGAAUUAUAAAAUAGAGUUGGUAAUUACGCGGUGACGGCGAAGAUCCUGUGCAAGGUCGUAAUCUAUCAUCAUCAAUUAGGUUGGAGGAGCAGAGGAGAGAGCUGAAGCUGGGCAGCAUCCAAGCAAAACUUUACAAAGUAAAAUAAAAGCAUAUUGACAGGCCAAGGAAGAGAGGAAGCCAAGUGUGAAAUAGUAAAGUCCUGUUGGACUCUCAAGAAAGAAGAGAGUCGGGGGCAAAAAAGACCGUUAUUAAGGAUUAACGCGAUACGCUCGGUUGGUUGGUUGUGCUGUGCGAGUGUUUGAAGAGGACAUCCUCCAGGAGCCUGGUGACGAGAGGUAAAUUGAAAUUGAAAGGGUUCCACUUCCUCCUGCCUGGCUGUUAGAUUAGCUCCCGAGAUUGCAUUAUUCCUGCUGAGCUGCCAAGGGGAAGAUUAUACCUAAUUGAACCAAUGAAUUGACGAUAGUCCGCCGAGAUGAACAACAGCAACAACACCAAGAUGCAAAUUCGGGAGAAUUUCUCCGUGGACGGAACGGCGCGGUCCUCGUACGGGAGUGAACCACGCGGGUUCUUCAUCACGCGGAUGGCCUUGCUUACGACGGUUGCAAUUUUCAGCUGUUUGCUGAUUGGGACGGGACUGCUGAUCUACCAUCUGGCCGGAUGUCCGGACGAGUCCGGUCCGGUUCACGCCAGCAUUUGUGACCAUCAUCACUUUCAUCACACGUUUGAGGCUUCGAACCUGAGUCGACUGGUGCCACAUGACACGACCAGUACGGAGCCGGUUACGAUCACUACCAGUACUGCGAGCUCACCAACAACGGCCAAACUGGAUGAACAUGCUUCAGGAAAUGGCACUGAUUCUGAAUCAACCACUCAGCUGGAAGACGACGCCGAUGUCCGGUUGCCACGGUCCGUUGAACCGCUGGCCUACAAUGUCCGACUCAUCCCAUUCAUGUUCGGGGACAACUUCACCUUUGCCGGCACCGUUGACAUUGAGGUACGCGUGCUCGAAGACUGCGACAACAUAACACUUCACGCAGUGGCACUCAAAAUCCACGAGGCCCACGUGGAACAGCAAAGACCGCCACCAAAGACACGUGCGACACGUGCAACAGGUGCCAGUUUGGAUGACAGCUACGAGUACGACGAUGAUGAUUACAAUGAUAUUGGUGGAGGAAAUCGAACCGUCGUCGAAAUUGAGCAACAGGUCGUCGUGGAGAGCAAACAGUUUUACGUGCUCAAGACGAGCCGGAAGCUGCGGGUCGGGGAGCGGUACACGGUGCGCAUUCGGUACGAGGGAGUGCUGAACGAUUAUCUGCAAGGAUUCUAUCGCAGCUCGUACACCGUGAGGAAUGAGACGAGAUGGCUCGCCACCACCCAGUUCCAGCCCACGGACGCUCGCCGCGCCUUCCCCUGCUUCGACGAACCGGCCCUCAAGGCACGAUUCACAAUCAACCUGGCCCGACCACGUGGCUUGAUGUCGCUGUCCAACAUGCCGCGGACAAAGUCCUACGACGCCAGUGACCUUGAUUUACCGGACUACGUUUGGGACGAGUACGAACAGUCCGUCCCAAUGUCCACGUACCUGGUGGCGUUCGUCGUCUGUGACUUUGUCAACCUUACGUCCGGCAACUUUGCCGUGUGGGCUCGGUCGGAUGCGCUGACGUCGGCCCGGUAUGCCCUCGAGGUUGGUCCAAAAAUCCUGGCCUACCUGGAGCGGUUCUUCGACAUCAAGUAUCCGCUGCCCAAGAUGGACAUGAUUGCGCUGCCGGACUUUAGCGCCGGUGCGAUGGAGAACUGGGGCCUGAUUACGUACCGGGAGACGGCCAUGCUGUACGAGGAGAACGUCUCGGCGAACAGCAACAAGCAGCGGGUCGUAACGGUGGUGGCGCACGAGCUGGCUCACCAGUGGUUUGGGAAUUUGGUAACUCCGACGUGGUGGACGGAUUUGUGGCUUAACGAGGGCUUCGCUAGCUACAUGGAGUAUCUUGGGGUAGACGCGGUGGAACCGGCCUGGAAGUCGAUGGAACAGUUUGUGGUGAAUGAGCUUCACAACGUGUUCUCGCUAGAUGCGUUGUCUUCGUCGCAUCAGAUCUCUGUGGAGGUGCACAAUCCGGAGGAGAUCAACGAGAUUUUUGACAAGAUUUCUUACGGAAAGGGAGCUGCAAUUAUUCGUAUGAUGGACCACUUCUUAACGGCUGAGGUGUUCAAGGGAGGGCUGACCAACUACCUUAAUGAGAAAAAGUACCAAAGCGCAGAUCAGGACGACCUGUGGCGAUUCCUUACGGCGGAGGCUCGCAGCAAGGGAGUCUUCGACGAUACACUUGCCGUGAAGGACAUCAUGGACACGUGGACACUACAGACGGGCUUUCCCGUGGUGAUCGUAACGCGGGACUACGAGCACAACAAGCUGGAGUUUGCUCAGGAGAGGUUUAUCUUUAUUGAGCCGUCCGGUAGCAACUCGACCCGGGGUAACGAAACCAGCGUUGAGAAGCCUUUGUGGUGGAUUCCGAUUACUUUUACGACGCUUGGUGAGAGUGACUUUAACAGCACGAAGCCUAGCAUCUGGAUGAGGGCAGAGGAGAAGCUUACACUGCACGACAUGGACAUUCCGCAGCACGAUUGGGUGAUCGUGAAUGUUCAGCAAACAGGAUACUACCGCGUCAACUAUGACCAACGAAACUGGGCACUGAUCGUGGCCCACCUGCUGGACAAGCGAAAAUUCACCUCGAUCGCACCCUCCAACCGGGCACAGCUGAUCGACGAUGCGUUGAAUCUGGCCCGCGGAGGUCAUCUCAACUAUAGUGUGGCGCUGAACGUGACCCGCUAUCUGGUGCACGAAACCGAGUACGUUCCGUGGAAGGCCGGCAUCGGGGCGCUCAACUUUAUCGACUCGAUGCUGCUCAAGACAAGCAACUACGAUAAAUUCAAGAAAUACUCGCUGCACCUUCUGAAGCCGAUCUACGCCAAGGUAGGCUUCGAGGAUCACAAAGACAGUCCACUGCUGACGGUGUACAAACGGGUGGAUGUCCUGACGGCAGCUUGCCACCUCGGUUACAAGGAAUGUGUCAACAAGUGCGUCCAGAAGUUCUACGAGUGGAUGCAUGAGCCCAACCCGGACAUCAACAAUCCCGUUUCGCCGAACCUCAAGAAUAUCGUGUACUGCACCGCGAUCAAGUACGGCGACCAGCUCGAAUGGGACUUUGCGUGGGAGCGCUUCCAGAAGACGACAAUCCCGAGCGAGAAGGAAACUAUCUUGUCCGCGCUGGGUUGUUCGCGGGAAACCUGGAUUCUGACCCGCUUCCUGGAGUACUCGAUGACGGACGUGCACGGCAUCCGCAAGCAGGACGUGUUCCGGGUGUUUCUGGCCGUGUCGAACAACGUGAUCGGCCAACCGAUCGCGUUCAGCUUCAUCAGGAACAACUGGCAGAAGAUGAAGGACUAUCUCGGAACUUCAAUGUCGAACCUAAACAUGAUCCUCAAGUAUUCAACAAAGCGCUUGAACAGCCGCUACGAGCUGGAUGAGCUGAAAGAGUUUGCCCAAACGCACCUCAAGGACACUGGCCGAACAAUUCAGCAAGCUAUCGAACGGGCCGAAGCAAACAUCGCGUGGAUGGAGGAAAACGCCGCCACCAUCGUGCAGUGGUUGGAUGGAAUCCGGUACGAUCCGGACGAUUUAUACAUGGCCACGGCGAACGCCACCAGCGUCGUGACGACGCUAACCGCCAUCGCGGACGCACCAUCCGGCUGGUCCUUCAGCUUGGCCUCCAGGAAGCCUCCGAUCACCGCGCGAUACUUCGCGGAUCAGAAUCUGCUCGGUAGCCAUAUUCGUAGUCAGGUACUGCUUCCACAGGAACUCAAAGUGCUUGUCCGUGCCCUGGCGAAUACCCUCGCAGUAGACGACCUGGCGCAGGUCCGGGUGAACCUUAACGCUGGGAUCCUCGUAGUACCGGUUGAACUCAUCGACGGCGGCCUUCUUGCAGUCGGCGUGACCGUAGUUGCAAGCCCACUGGAGCACGUUGAUGCGCAGUUCUGCUCCACAAAAGCCGUUCCGAAGAACUGGAAGUACCGGGCAAAGCCUUCGUUCAGCCACGUCACAUCCCACCACUGGCACGUGACCAGAUCUCCGAACCACAUGUGCGCAAUCUCGUGGGCAAUGACGGCGGCGAUACGUUGCUGCUGCAAGCUGGUCGAGUCGUCACUACGGUACAGGAUGUUGGUCUCACGGUACGUCAGCAAACCCCAGUUCUCCAUAGCUCCAGCCGAAAAGUCCGGCACCGCAGCCAUGUACAUCCGAGACAUUUCGGGAACGCUAUUGAACACCGAAGCGAUGGUCAGCUUGGCGGCGUGCAGCUUGAUGCUCGUCAACCCGGCGAUCGCCGUUUGGAACGUAACGACGGCCUUGCCGUCGAACGUGAACGCCUUGUGGGUGCCUUCGUCUGCGAAGUACGGCGUGACCUUAUCUCCACUUCCGGAUCGUACUCCAAAGCUGAUUGUACCAUGGUCCUACUUUGACGAAGCCUACAAGUUACGGCCCGUUUCCGAACCGCUGAGCUACGAGCUGUUCCUAGACAUGAGUGAUCCUAACUUUUAUACCUACUCUGGUCACGUGAACAUCCAAAUGAGGUAUCUGGAGGCUGCUUCCAACAGUUUCUACCUAAACAGUGUUGGACUAGUGAUCAAGAACGCACGGGUCACGAAGCCCAAUGGUGAGGAUCUUCCAGUUAGUAACAUUAUCCCAAUGGAAAAGUAUGAGCAGAUAUACUUUGGGUUUGCCGAAAGACUGGAGCAGAAUGCUAUCUACAAUGUGUACUUGGAGUUUUCCAACAGUAUUGGAACGGAUCUUAAGGGGUUGUACCGGAGUAGCUACAUGGUUGGAAAUGUCACGAGGUACAUUGCAACGACCCACUUUGAGUCAACAUACGCCCGGAUGGUAUUCCCGUGUUACGAUGAACCGUCGUAUAAAGCUCCUUUCGACAUCCAAAUCCGACACCGAGCACAGUACCACGCCCUAUCCAACAUGCCUGUCGCGGAGAAGUUGAUCGAAGAAAACGGUGAACAUUAUGUCACGAGAUUCGAAAGAUCGCCGCUGAUGUCCUCCUACCUAGUGGCUUUCAUAGUGUCUGACUUUGUAACUCUCUCGGAUAGCCGGGAUCGCAUUCGGGUUUUCGCUCCGGAAAACCAAGUGGAACAUACUACAUACGCGCUCGACUUUGCCACAAAGUCUCUAGAAUACCUGGAAACCUACAUCGGUCACCCAUUUCAACUCCCGAAAGUUGAUUUGGUUGCCAUCCCGGACUUCAACAUGGGCGCUAUGGAAAACUGGGGACUAAUCACGUUCCGUGCCGUAUAUCUGAUUUACGAUCCGCAGUCCACGACUGCCAGAACCAAACAGAACAUUGCCGACCUGAUAACGCAUGAGUUCGUCCACUCGUGGUUUGGAAACGAAGUGACUCCGGAAUGGUGGACAUACCUUUGGCUAAGUGAAGGUUUCGCCCGAUAUUUCGAGUACUAUGUUACGGACCAGAUCGAGUACGAGUGGUUGCUGUGGGAACAGUUUAUAGUGACUAAUGUUCACGCGGCGUUGUCCCAGGACGACAAAGCCGAUAAUCGCCCUAUGAGCUAUUACGCCACAGAACCUGACGUGUUGAAUGGGUUGUUCGACUACGUAGUGUAUGCUAAGAGUGCUUCGGUGAUCAAGAUGAUCCAGAACGUCAUAGGGAUGAGCACUAUGCGAUCGGCGCUGCACGAUUACAUUGCAAGUCGUAGCUACCAAACCACCAAGCCAGAAUACCUUUACGAAUGUUUUGAAAGGUACAACCAGGUUGCACUCCCGUCUACAAUUGAGGAGAUUUUAAAUAGUUGGGCAGACAACGCUGGAUACCCAGUGGUGACCGUUACGCGGAGCGGUAAUACCGUUACUUUCUCUCAAAAGCGCUUCUGGACGCCAGUUCAGGGUGUGUCAGCUCCUACAGAUUCCAAGUUCUUCAUCCCACUGAACCACAUUACCUCCGCCGAUCCUAUCAUAGAAUUUAAAGAUACCUCAGCUACCGACUGGCUCACGCCAGCAAUCCCUCAAAUAACCAAAGAUUUACCUAGCUCUGUCGAUUGGAUCUUGGUGAACAAGCUUCAAACCGGAUACUACCGAGUCAACUACGACGAACAAAAUUGGGCCGCUUUGACAAACAAGCUGAAAACCAACAUUGGCGCCAUAAACAAACCAAAUCGAGCUCAGCUUAUCGACGACGUAUGUAACCUUGCGAAGGCCGGAGAAAUUAGCUAUAUUACUGCACUCAAUCUAUUACAAUAUCUUGAGAAUGAGAUCACCUAUAUUCCGUGGAGUACCGCGUACAAUUCGUUGAUCCACUUGAACCGAAUGCUCUCCGCCAGUAGUGAUUAUUCUCGCUUUGAACACUUCGUACGAACCCUCACCGAAAGCGUUUACGCCUUUAUUCGCCUGACCGGGUCAGAAGAAGAUCACGUUACAAGACUUUAUCGCGGAAACAGCGUCUACCUGGCGUGCUACUUUGGCGUGGAACUGUGUCUGCAGGAUGCCCGCAAACUCGCCCAGCAAAUGCUAACCGACGAGUCGUACACCGUUCCUGAAGAGGUUCAAUCGUCGGUGUUCUGUGCGAUCAAUCGUUACGAAACAACCUUCCAGGAGGACCUUCUGGAGUUGCUCUUUGAUCGCUACCUCCCAAUUAAGGCUGACGACACGGGAACAAUCAGUCGCUUCAUCGCCGGAAUGGGUUGUACUCGUAACCUGACCACCAUCAAGACCUACCUGGCGUUGACGGUGACCAACCUGCCCGGCUUCAAGCUUACCGGCUCCGAGCGUAACCAAAUCCUGACGGCCGUCCUGAGCGGUAGUUAUGAAGGCCUUCGCGAGAGUCUGCGCUUCAUGCUGGAGUACUUCGGAGACGUAUCGUACCUGUACCACUCGCUGGCGAGUAUCUUCAGCGAGUUUGGAGCCAGAAUCAACAGCAAGGAAUCGUUCGAGUUGCUAAAGGACAUCGUUGACAAGUAUGGAAAUGUGUUUUCGGAUUCUGUGAAGGACGCUGCGGAUCGUGCGAUCGUACAAGCUGGUCAGAAUUUGGCCUGGGUAGAGAAAUAUGGCCCAGCUAUCGAAAGCUGGUUGAAGGAGAACGAGUACGAGCUGACUGUUACACCAGCGCCUCCCGGUGAUGAUGAUGGCGGUGCUGCUUCCGUUGGGACUGGAGUUUUGCUGACCUCGAUUAUGGUGCUGUUCAACGUGGUUGUUCAGCCUGCUCCUCCCGCAGAGCACGAUCAGCCCGAUCAGUCAAGAUCGAGACUUUGCCGUGAACGGUGCUGUUUUAAGUGUCCAUUAAAUCUCCGAUCAGCCAUGCUGUUGGCUAACUACCGGGUGACGUUGUUUGUCGCCACCAUUAUUGCCAGCUCGGUGGUAGUUCCCGGCUCGGCCGAGAAUCUGCCCGGGAUGCUGCUGGACUACAGAAAUUCUUUUCUUUCGUACGAGCAGAAGGGACUGGAUACUUGUCCCUUCACCUACUUCCGCGAAACGUGCAGCGACUUUGCCCACGUGACCGUCGUCAGCACCCCGAACACGACCUGCCUGGGAACUUUCAUCAGCGAGCAGUUUGCCCUGGUCAGGGCCAGUUGUUUACCACCGGCCGGAACUGUACCUUCCAGUAUCCGACUCGUGGCCGCCAAAACCGCGCAAUCCAUUGGGGCCUCUGCCGUGUUUAUCCAUCCGGACUUUCAACGGUCCGGAAGCGCUGAACCUUCGGUGAUGGAUCUUGCCGUGCUGAAGCUGAACGGUUCCGUGAGUUUUAAUCGGAACUUGGCCGCAAGCUGCCUGUGGGCAUCGGACUCUGUAGAAAUGUACUCCAAGGUUCAGGAAGUGUACUACGACCUGUCCACAAACAAGAUGAAGCAGAACUCGACCAUCUGCACGGGCGAUUCCAAGAAUGACUGUCUUAAAUCAGUUCAGCGCCAGUGGUGUCAAAGGAAAUCACCAAACAGCUUGCUCCAAAUUCGCGAACUUGGCAAGUACAAAAUGCAUCCGAUGUUGGCAAGCGUUGCGUGCGAUUUGAAUGGUGAGAUCGUAUCGAUGGUCCAGUAUCUACCUUGGAUCCGAGAGGUCACCAAGAACACGGACAUCGAGUAUGACCUGACUAACACCGGGUUGGGGGAGAAGUGUACGAAGGGUGAAUCCGUAGAAGAGGGCGUCUGCAUGCCGAUUGAAAAGUGUCCUCAGGUGUUGAAGAACUUCAAGAAGCUUCAGCACAGUGACAAACUCAGCACUUGUGGUUUUGAGGGUCAUGAACCGUUAACCUGCUGUGCCACGGAGGAUAUGUUGGUGGGUCCGGAGAAGCAGGACACAUUUAGCGGGAUUGUGGCCGAGAUUGAGCAGUGCGAGCGAAUGUACGAUGAGUUCCGCAGGACACCUGAGGAGUACCAGCUGAACGCACAGGUUGCUAUCAUUGAUCUGCACGAGUCGCUGAACUGCAGUGCAACACUGAUAACGGCCAGAUAUCUGCUGACGUCGGCGCAGUGCAUUUCGAAUGCCAACCUGAAGAACGCCGUUGUUUGGCUCGGCAUGUCCAACGACAUCGACGGCGUGUCCCAGUCGAAUCGCAUCCACUCGGUCUACCCCCACCCCAAGUUCAACCCGAAAACCAACCGCAACAACGUGGCCGUCGUGAAGCUCACCUCCCCGGUCCUCAUCCAGCCGUACAGCGUUCCAGCUUGCCUGUGGUACACCAAGUCCAAAAUGCCAACCACUCUGGACAGCACCGGAUUCGACCAGGCCGAACGGACCAUCGCGGCCACUUCGGCCAGCCCGAUGUACUACGGUGACUGUCGGCGCCUUUACAAUCCGGAGCUGAUUCCGGCGGAAAUGUGUGUCCACCAUCAACCUCUGAAGGAGUGUGGACCCCAGGAUGUGCGGAGUUCGUGCGGCGAUCCGGGCAGCGGACUGUACUCGACACUGUACGUGGGUGAAGAUAUGAAACCGGUUACCUAUCUGGUGGGUGUUUAUAGCUUUGGCUUUCAGUGCGAUAAGGGAGGACCGGCCAUCUACUCGCGGGUCAGUGAGUAUUACGCGUGGAUUAAGAGUGUAAUCUAUUUGACAGCACAGGAGCAGGAUUAAAUUGGAAAGGUUUCUCGGUGAAAUACAUUUAUAAAUUUUGCAAAUCAAAGCACAUAGAACUCUAUUUUAACUUCGAAAACAAAAUAAAACAUACUGAUUGACCAUUGGAUGGAU